UAUAUAUAACUUGACCUAUGGUUUUAAAUUUCAUAUAUAACAUUAGCAUAUUUUAUAUAUCUAUAUUUUUGUUCAUUUGCUUCUCCUAGGAUAACAAAAAUGAGAACCCAAAUCCAUUUUCACUCUCUUCCAUUAUUAUUAUUGUUCACCCUAUCUCUCCUAUUGGGCCAAUGCAAGCCUGACCCUGACCCACUUCAAGAUUAUUGCAUUGCAGAUAACAAAAGCACUUUUUUCAUCAAUGGGGUACCUUGCAUUGACCCAAAACAAGCUACUUCAUCUCAUUUUGUAACAUCUUCAUUAUCAAAGCCCGCUAACACAACAAACAUGUUUGGUUUUAGUGUCACCCCAACAAACACUAAUAACCUUCCUGGGCUUAACACAUUGGGCCUUGUAUUAGUUCGAAUUGAUAUAGAACGUAAUGGGAUUGUGCCACCACAUUCUCACCCACGGGCCUCAGAAGUUACAACAUGCUUAAAAGGGCUUUUACUUGUGGGCUUUAUUGAUACAAAUAAUCGUGUUUUUACUCAAAAUUUAAAUCCUGGUGAAUCAUUUGUUUUUCCAAAGGGUCUUGUACAUUUUUUGUAUAAUCGUGAUUCUAAGGAACCAGCAUUGGCAAUUUCUGGGCUUAAUAGUCAAAACCCAGGUUCACAAAUUGCAUCAAUUGCAACAUUUGCUAGUAAACCUUCCAUUCCUGAUGAAAUACUUAAGAAGGCUUUUCAAAUUAGUGGUAAGGAUGUGAAAAUUAUUAGGGAAAAUCUUGGUGGUUGAUUACGCUGUUUUUCAGUUAUUGUUAUUACAAUUAUACUUCAUUUUUAAGGUAUGGUUUGAAAAAUAUUGUACUUGGGAAUUAUUAUGUGGGAACAUGAUGAUGUUAGAUUUUUAUAUUUAAAAUUUUAAAAGAAAGAGACAUCUAAACCGUUGUUGUAUUACAUGUUUAAUUUAAUAAUUAAAAGUUAAAUUAGACUGUUGAUCUAACUCUUGUAUUGGCUAUUAUUAUUGAUGUGGAGUGAAGAA